UGUUUUCGAAAGAUAACUAAAUUUGAGGUGAGAAAGAAUUUAGUAUUUUUAUGACCAUGAUAACACACUAAAUAAUUAGUGUUAUUUGCUACUAAAACUUUGUUGGAUGACGUAUUAUCGAGAGAUAAAAGUAUGUUGAUCUAAGGAUAUUAAGCUUUAUUAUUUACCUAAAUUUCAUAAACUCAUGCCUAUUCUCGCUGAUUUAAAAUAUUAAGUUGAACUAUAAUUGAAGAAACAAUAGUCUAAUAGAGUUGGUCCAAGUCCGAAAGAGAAAGUGAUGUUCCUCACACGUGUUUUGUAUGAGAAGAAAUCUUUAAAAGAAGUAUUAUGCUCUUGUUUACAUUUUUUAGGCUUGCCAAGAAUUACAAAUGUCUUACUCCUGGGGUAAGGCCAUAUGGUCUGAACACAUAUCCCAAUAUAAUAAAUCAAAAAAACUAUAUAAAAAAAAUGAUUCUCCCAAAACUCCUCCCAGCGAGACAGAAUAGAUGACGAAGAAGGUUGCGGGCGUCAAAAUCCUCCCAAAAGGACAACACAUUACAAAACAAUUUCACAUCCAGGUGCUCAUUCACGGAAAUCCCAUCAAGACUAAAACUACUGAUUGAGAAUGGAAGGCAAUCUGGAUUUUGCUUUCUUUUGUUUUUCUUAAUUCAUGCUUUUCUGAG